AAGAAGCAAAUGUCCAACAGCAGCAUCCCCAAAGAGUUCCUCCUCCUGCCAUUCGCAGACACACGCGAGCUGCAGCUCCUGCACUUCGGGCUCUUCCUGGGCAUCUACCUGGCUGCCCUCCUGGGCAACGGCCUCAUCCUCACAGCCGUAAUCUGUGACCACCGCCUCCACACCCCCAUGUACUUCUUCCUCCUCAACCUCGCCUUCAUCGACCUGGGCUCCAUCUCUACCACUGUCCCCAAAGCCAUGGCCAAUUCCCUGUGGGACACCAUGACCAUUUCUUAUGCAGGUUGCACUACACAGGUCUUUUUCUUUGUUUUCUUUGUUGCAGCAGAAUUUUCUCUUCUCAUCAUCAUGGCUUAUGACCGCUACGUUGCCAUCUGCAAACCCCUGCAUUACGGGACAAUAAUGGACAGCAGAACUUGUGUCAACAUGGCAGCAGCUGCCUGGGGCAGUACUUUGCUCUAUGCU